UUGUAAUUUUGGCUCCUAUUGAUUGUGCCAUUUCCAUUGUUUUGAAUGGAGCAUAAUCUGCAACUUUUAAAAUGUUUGUUUUAGGUUCGUGGACUUUACAGAGGUGUUUCCUCUCCGAUGGCCGGCAUUGCUUUUAUCAAUGCUAUAGUAUUCGGGGUAUACGGCAAUGUCCAGAGGCGUUUUGUAGACGAAAAUUCAUUAACUAGUCACUUUGCGGCCGGUUUUACUGCGGGGGCAGUACAAAGUUUCGUAUGUAGCCCCAUGGAACUUGCCAAAACAAGAAUGCAACUGCAAGGAAAUGGCAAUUUCAUUUCGAAACGCGUUGCUAACUAUAGUGGACCUUUCGAUUGUUUGGUAAAAAUGUAUAAGACAGAAGGCACUAGGGGUGUGUUUCGAGGACUGGGAUGUUCCGUGUUGCGCGACUCCCCAGCUUUCGCUGUGUAUUUUUCUAGUUACGAGUAUCUGUGCAGGAAAAUGGAAACACAGAACGGCAUAAGCACACCCGUAAUGUUGGCUGCUGGGGGUACCGCUGGCAUUUUGUCGUGGAUGGCAACGUACCCGGUUGAUUUGAUAAAAUCAAGAUUGCAAGCCGAUGGAAUGAACGGAGAAAGAAAAUAUAAGGGCAUAAUCGAUUGCUCGUUGAAGAGUUAUCGCGACGAAGGCCUUAAGGUCUUCACAAGAGGACUGGGAUCUACCAUUAUAAGGGCAUUUCCUACUAAUGCGGCAACUUUUACUGUUGUUACCUGGAUAUUCAGGUUAUGCAACAGUCAAGACUCGUUUGAUUUGAGGAGAGAAAAACACACCACUGGUAUCUUAGAGAAGGACAUACAAAGAAUUGCCGCGUGUGUAGAUACAUUCGUAUAAUUCUGUAUCUUUCUCAGGAAAGUUAGUUCAAAUUAACGGGAACAUUCCAUAAUGGAAUUAUGAUAUAUAUGCACGUGCAAUAAUUAUAAUAUAUAAUAUACAUUUGUUACAAAUAUAUACAAUUAUAUUGUGUAAUAGAGUUGCAUAGAAUCUCUCGAGCAUUAUCUUAUAUGUUAUCCAGUUUAUUUUAAAACACAUUAAGCAAUUCUCGUAUACGGAUGUAAUAUUUUAUUAUGAAUUAAACAGUUUAUCAAAAUCAAUAUGGUAUCUAAUCUGUGUUUAAAUUUAUCCAAAUUUACGUAUACUACAGCACGUGAAUGUAAACAUUUACAAAUUACAGAUUAUCUGAGAUACAAUGGUUUAAUUUUGGAUAUUUUUAUGUAAUUUCUACAAGAUUUAUAACCGUUGUUGCGUAAGACAUUUGCUUUAAAGCCCUCUCACGUCAUGAAUUAACUAUCAGUUAUGUAUUAUGUACCGUGGCAUUUAAUAAGAUCACUCCCCCUGUCCCGAAAUCGAUAAAAUCGCUGAAUGUUGUUGUUGGUUGCGUAUUCGCGCCUAGUUAACUGGCCAGUCACGUGUUUUCCGGUUUUUUUCGCGUGUCUAAUUCCUCCUGUUUCUCCAUGGAAGAUCCUCGGCAAAUCGUGUUGCCAUAUACAAACAGCAACGACUUAACUACCAAGGCCCGGAUUCACAAAUACCUCGUAUCGUAAGUUACGACGAAAUUCAUCGUAAAUUACCACAUGCAAAAAGUCUCGUAUUUACAAAGCACGUCGUAAGCUUUACGAUAUUGUAAAAAGUCUCGUAACUACUACGAUAUUUAAGAGCUUUCAUAAGUCUUAGUUUCUCGUAACUUACGACAUAAUAUCUCUUCAAUGUCGUAUCUUACGAUACGUUCGCGAAUCGACCCAAGCUGUCCCGUUGCAGGCACGAUAGAAUCUAUAAUAGGCCUUAUGAGCUAUAAAUUGCGCAGUAUAUUGU